UUUUAUUUAGGAGUUAGAAAUGGAGUCGAUAUACCUUCAGAGGUGCCUGGGGACAUGCCUAACUCAAGGCCUCGCAGAGGUGGCAAGAGUUCGUCCAAUGGAUCCAAUCGAAUAUUUAGCCUUGUGGAUUUAUAAGUACAAGGAAAAUGUGACCAUGGAGCAAUUGAGACAGAGAGAGAUGAUUGAGUUGGAGCAUGAGAGAGAAUUAGCGAUGAUGGAGCAGGAAAUCCUGGAGCGACUCAAAGCAGAAGAACUCUUGUUUCAGCAGCAGCUGGCAUUCCAACUGGAAUUGGAAAUGCAAGAAAAAGAGAAGCAGGAGACAGAAGAACUCCAGAGAACUCAACAGGAAUUAAAUAAGGAUAUGAACAUGGAGGGCAUAGCUAGGGGUGAGGAGUCCAUACUGUCAGAGGAAUCAGUGGACUCAGGCAAAACCUUAGCUGAAAUCAGUGAUCGGUAUGGGGCACCUAACUUGAGCAGAGUGGAAGAGCUUGAUGAGCCAAUGUUAUCUGAUGUUGCAUUAAACAUUGAUCAAGAUUUGUAGGACCAACCAACUUCAAAGAAUUAUUGUCUACCUGUUUCGAACUUCAAAUCCCAAGGGCCCUAAUAUGUAUUUUCUUCCUCCAAACUUGAACUCUACUCCUCCCGGCUAACUUUAUAAAUGGGAUUCAAAGGUAUCCUUAAAAUACAGUUUAGAUUUCUCAGUUCAUCCGGUUACUUGUGUGAUUUAUUGUGGACAGAAUUUGCUGAAGCAACAAAAAGAGGCAAGAGAUGGACCAAAAGAAUGUAUAUCUCUACAAAGAACAAGAAUGCUUGGAAAGAAAGUUCUAGAAAAGAAACUACUACUGUACAAAGGAUGGAGGUCUUGAGUUUUAACAAGUCUCAGAUAUUGCCUCUCCUUUAUGAAUGAACUGAAAAGCAUUUCCCAGGUUGCUGGCAGGUGGAGCCUCAUAGGAACACUUAAUCAAACUUCCAUGAUGUAGCCAGAUUCGAUGGGAGUGUUUCCCCCAUUGCUCUGUUGGUGGCUCUUCUCAAGCUUGGCUUGACUAUCUACACUCAAGAACAGGUCUGGAGUUUCUUUUUUUUUACUCUCUGUACAGUUGAGUAUCUAGGUUCUGUCUUUCUUUUCAGGGUUUGUGAAAGUAGGGUUGUUGAAAUGAGUGUUCACACAGAGCAAGGGAAGUGGGAAAGUCUUGGAGGGCCUGGAGCACACUUUUUCUUGAUCAGCCAGUAGGCUCAGGCACUAUGACACCAUGGUCAGACAGAUCUUUUGGUCCAUUUGAAGUUUCAAGAUACAUCUAGAGCUCUCGGGAGAACUUCCUGAAUUCUCCCAAAUCCAAGGCUAUGGUGUUGAGAUUUUAGUUCUCAAAGACGUGGGUAUAAAACCACAAAUGCUAGAAAGAAACCAUUUUGUUUUUUAAAUAUAUUUUGUAUAUAAUAUCAUUUUCCCACACCAUUGUUCAGAUGGAAAUUGAAACAGGAGAAGUUACUUAUUUUAUGAAAUGUAUAUAUUGUCUUGUCAUUUCUGUUCUAUACAUUUUUCACAAAAAGCUCUGGAGAGAUGUGUUCUCUGGGACUAUGGAAGGCAGUAUGGUCUAGUAUGGUUCACCAUCAUUCACACCCCUGAGUGAGAAUCUGUCAGAGGAGGGAACUAUGGAUUUGCAGGUCUACCCAGCCUCAGAUAACUCCAUCGUGGGAGGCUGGAGGUCAAAGACUGUGGGAGCCCACAAAGAUUCCAACUUGUGGUUUGAUUCAAGGUCAGAGAGUCAGAGUUUAUGUUGUUCUCCAACGAUGCAUAAUAAGGUGUAAAGACAUAGUUACCCAAUGUCUUAUACUUCAAGGCCUAAUCACAAGAAGCUUUGCCGUGAGGCAUGGUUACCAGGUGUUUUGAAGGGUCUACAUUUGGUUGUAUGUUGUGCUUUGAUCUUGAAAUGGGGAGGUUUUUCCCUCUCCCCUUGCUAGUGUAUAAAAAGCCCAUUAGAAAUAAACUUGAGGCUGCUGGAUAUUGACCCAGGGACCUCCUGAAGCUA